AAAACUUUUAUUUAUAUUUUUUUCUGAUAUAUAAAUGUGUAAUGUACUUGCUACUUUCGAGUUAUGUGUAUAUAAUAAAUAGUAAUAUUCAUAUUACGUUAAUCAGAUAUUAGUCAAUGUCAGUCAAUUGAGAGAAUUAAUUAUGGUGUUAUCGGUGUGCGCCGUGCUUUCAUUUAACUAUUUCGCAACGUUCAGUCGAUAAUCAACUUGUAUUUGAACCGACGGGCUCGUAAAUUAUUUUAAUAAUACAUGUGAUGUAGAGAACUGAGAACAACUUUGACACUUUCUAUCAAACUGUAUGCAACAAUAUGUUGUUUAACAUUGUUUUACCUUAACGCACUGAAAUUGUACCUAAUUAAUCAACUUUUUAACAUCACUAUUAGCUAGUCAAUAUGUCAAUUAGAAACAUUGUUUGGAAACAAAAUUUACUAAUGGCAUCAUCAAGUUGUCGGGCACAAGCAGUAUGCCGUAAAUUUUCAAAGCGGUGCAAAAAAUCGUUAUCAAAUGAUUCAUUAUUAUUAUCUAUUUUAAAAAAACGCACAAAAAAUUUUUUUAAAAAACAAGACUUUGGUGCUCAUAUUGCAAGAACUAAAAAGGUAAUGAUAGCUUGUAAAAAAAUGAUUACUGCAGUCAAUAAGUUUAAACAACAAUUGGCUAAACACAGAAAAAAUUUGAUCAUGUGUGUGGCUAUGGCUUUUACAUUUGAUUGGUAUAAAGAAAGAAUAUGUGUUGAUGAACUAAUCAGGUUACGUCAAGAAUUUGGAAUUGUCAAAAAAUUAAAUGAAAAAUCUGCUUUAAAUGAUAUUCAAAAUGAGCAAAAUAGUAUUUCUCAAAAUACCGAUUCUAAUAAUAAUGAACUAGAGUUAUCUAUUUCUAAAACAGAAGAUAAUCAAAACAAACUUGAUUGUUCACAAAAUAGUUGUGAUUGUCCUAGAUGUAGAAAUAUGAGUGAAGAAGGAUGGGAACCUUUUACGAGUGGUUCUUAUUACAAUGCUUGGAAAAAACCUAAUGUUGAUUAUCCAGAUCAAAAUUUAUAUAUUUAUAAAGUGCAUGGAUCAUUUAAUGAUAUAACAGCAUUAGACUUCAUGCAAGUACAGUUAGAUCUUGACUAUCGAAAAGAAUGGGAUAGUAUGUCUGUAGACUUGAAUAUUUUUGAUUCUGAGCCUCUUACACAUAGUGAUCUCAUUUACUGGGAACUUCGUUGGCCGAAAUGGUUUCAAAAUCGUGAUUAUGUGUUUAAACGACGUUACAAAAUUGAUGAAGAUGAAAAAUUAAUGUUAAUUGUUUGUGAAAGCGUCGAACAUCCUGAUUUUCCUGAACGGAGUAAUAAAUGGAGAGUAAAAAAUUACUGGUCAUAUAUUGUCAUUAAACCACAUGAGGAUUUUGAUAAGCCAGGAGUCGAGUUUUCAAUCACUUACUUUGAUGACCCUGGAGUUACUGUUUCAAAUUACCUUAUGUCGUGGUACCAAUGUAAAGGAAUGCCUUCAUUUUUAAAUGAUCAAAGAUUAGCUGCAUUAGAAUUAACAAAACGUCGCUAUGAAGAAAAUAAAAUUUUAAAACCUGAUAAAACUGUCAUAGAAACCAAAUUAGAUCAACCACAGGCUCAAACAUCUUGGAUUUCUUGGCUUUUUGGUUAUUUUUUAUUUUGA